AUGGCUGCUGGGCCCUGGCAGGUUGCAACGUGGCGAGGUACUGGCACCAUGCUUUCUGUACACGAUGCCGCACUGCAGUCGGCGGAGAUGGGUCGUCAUUUUCGAGCUUGUGCAUGGGCAAAAGCAGCGGAAGAUCGUGCAAGAGCUGCCGAGUGGGCUGCGAGAAGGCGCCGCAAGGUCCAUGGAAAAGUGGACGAUGUCCGACAUGAGACCGAGUGCACCGAGUUGGUGCUGAUAGAGCCGAUGUGCCCCCUUUGCGGUGCAGCGCUUGCUGACUGUGAUUGUGUGCAGCGAAGUAUGACAGGGCCAACACCAGAGAAAGACAGAAGCAGCCAAGAAGCUUCAGUGUCGAAGCAAGCCUCCCUGCAAGCGGCAAGUAGGCGAGCGUCUUUGGCCAGGCGCAUGUCUCUCCAGGUCGGACGGCGCCAGUCUGCUGACAUGGAUGGUCUGGGUGUGGGGAGGCAAACAUCAGAUCGUCGCAAAAGUAACGACAAGCAGAAGAAGCCUCACACACUCACAAGGCUGCAAAGACUGAUUCAGGCUAAGCGGAUGGAGUUUGAGGCGCUUCCGGAAGGAAAGAAAGAGAGGUUCCGCGGCGCCUACGAUCACGCAGUUGCAGUUGGCCAGGAGGGUUUAGGAGGUCCACAGCUUCGCCAAGCUUUAGCCGAUCUUGGCCUGGCUGGUCGACAAAACCACGAGAAGGAGGCUGUCCACGAAGUCGUUCGGGAGUGCAUUGCUGCAGGGCUGGUUGAUUUCCUGGAGUUCGUCUUUCAAGUCGUGCCCAAGGUGGAGCAAAAGCUUGUCGAGGCCAAGUCACCGAAAUUGCUCGGACUUUUCAACCAGCUGGAUGUUGCAAUGGCGGGCAGCCUUUCCUGUUCGGACUGCAUUGAAGCCCUGCGGCGACAUGCGGAUUCCUUCAUCACGGUUUUGGAUGGAGACAUCAUGGAACAGUUCUGGCCAGUCUUCGUGAAGGAGCUGGCACAGCAACACAAGGUUUCCAAGCACAGCGACGAAACCAUCGAUUUCGCAAACUUCCAGCGACUUGCUUCGGAGGUUGAGGUGAGGCUCUUCACCUUCCAGGGCCAAAUGGAAGAGCGAGCCGCGCGAUCGGCAGGCCUUGCACCAGCAUUAGAGGCUGCUCACUUUGGCGAAAUUGCUGCGAUGAUGAGAUGCUUCUAUCGCUAUGAGAAGCACCAACGCGGUUUACUAGGCACGCAGGAGGUGGUCAUGGCGCUCAUGGACUCUGGCACACUACCGACUGUUGGAAGACUGCAUAUGACAACAGUGAGCAACUUUGCCACUCGCAAUAACAGGCUUGCUGUUUACAGAUUCCCUGAUUUCUUGGAACAAGUGGAUAGUUUGCGGAGAGAAGAAAAGUCACAACGCGAAGCAGCCUUCAAAUCUUGGUACACAAUACACAAGUGGACAGAUGACAAAGCCAUUGCGGUCACUGACAUGCCUCAGCUGAUCAUGGACCUCUCUUUGGUGGCAGACAGUUGCCGCAGCGUGAUGGAUGUGAGGGCGUUGGUUGAGGACUGUCACAAAAGCGGAGUCGAGUUCUUGCAGCUAGACGCAUCGACGGAGCUGUGCAACAGGGUCGUCGAGAGCGCACGCGUGGCUGCUCGGAGACGAGAGGCUCUGGUGGCCGAGCAAGUGAAGCUGUCGGAAGAGCAGGUCUUCGACAUGCGUGGCUGCUUUUCUGAAAUGACACACAGUGGGGUCAUCGGUCCUGAUGACUUGCACUACCUCUUGGUGGAGCUCUUCCCGGACCACGAGAUUGAUGAUGCAUUCGUGCAGGAGUUACUGGAUCUUGCGCUACCAUCUGGUUAUUUCCACUCGAGCAGCAAAUCUGCUUCUUCUUCUUCUGCUCCACGUGCUGCAAAGCCGAGCGACAGCAACCCAAGCAAGAGCAAGGCAGCUCAGGCGCAAGAAGACGAAGCAGCGGCUCAUCGAAAGGUAUUGGAAGAAAGUAUAUUACGUUUUGAUGGCUUUUUGUGGAUUGUGGGUCACCUGCUGAAAACCGGCGCGUGA